GGCCCUUAUCGUGGGGCCUACUUGAUAUAUGUGUUCGAUAUCCAUGCCGUCCAUCCGUUUUUCCAUCCCAUUUUAGGGCAUGAGCCCAAAAUUUAAGCACAUUGAAAUCUCAGGUGGACCAUAUCUUAGGAAAAAGUGGUGAUUGACCUUUAGAACCUUCUUGUGGGCCACAAAAGUUUUGAAUCCAUUAUUUGUUUUCAUUUAAUUUAUUUCAACCGGUUUAUAUGACCUUAUCAACAGUUUGGAUGGAAAAUAAAAAUUACAAAAACAUUACAGUGAGUGUUAGUAAGUUUUGAACGGUGGAGUGCUCAACCACCACUGUUUCUUAUACUACGGUCCACCUGAGAUUUGGAUCUGCCUCAUUCUUUUGAUCAUGCCCUAAAAUGAGGGGGGAAAACGUAUGGACCAUAUAGAUCUAUAAUACAUACAUUAAGGUGGGCCCCACCAUUAGAGCCGCCGUCUUGGGUGAGGUCGGAGCCUCACUUAAUUCGCUGCCAUUGCACAUAGCCGUUGGCAUGUGCAUCAUAUUUUCGUGAGAACUAUGCAGAUAUUCGCGCGAGGGAAGAUAGGAAAGGUGAAUUGCAUGAGACGAGCCAAAGUGGCACCAUCAGAGAGAUCUCGUCCAUUCAUUAAGUGGGUGCACCCGUAAACAUGAUAUGGCCCAUAAAUUAGGCCAAUAGAGUGACCAGGUAGGCGAAGUCCAAUGAGAAAGGACGGUUAGGAAGAAAUCACCAACAACCAGUAUUUAGUUUACCUGUAGGGCCCACUUGUUGAAUGGACCAUCCUGGAUUCUGGGCCAGAGAAUAUCACAUAGAACCCAACAUGGUCCUGAUCUUGCGCACCUUGCCAGGUUGGUUCGUAUCCCAGAUUCACCUCUUCAAUGAAUCUCUCGUGGCGCGAAUCGCUUUCAUCGCCCCGUAGCCAAUUCAUAGCCGUUAAGAAAACUGACACCUUAACCAGAAAAUUGAAUUUCAAACUUAUCGAACCCAACGGUCGUCUCUCUGUCUCCCCUCGCAUUUUCAAACUCCUUCCGGAGAGAGGGAAAAAAAAAAAAAAAACAGAAGAAGAAGAAGAAAGAAGAAAACCGUCCCAGAUUUCUUGCAAGAAGGAAGGAGAAACAGCCAUUGCAGAAGAUCAAAUGGACAAUUUGAAUAAAAGUCUCUCUUCAUCGGCAUUAAGCAAACCUUCUGCAAUCCCAAAACCUGAUAUGAAACAAAGAUCCUCCUCCGAAGACCCAAAUGAAGAUGAGAUCGACAAGGCUCAACAAAAUUCCCAGAAAGGAAUCGCCCCAAAAUCAGCGAAUCCGAAGAAAGGAACCACGAACUUCAUGUCCCCAACGAUUUCCAUGGUUUCCAAGGCUUCUCCGCCAAAAAAUAAGAUCUCGGUCAAGAGGAAUGAUGCUUCCAGAUUGAUUUUCUCAGGCACCCAGAUUGAUAAAAGCCCAAAGAUAGAAAUGGAAGAAACGAAUUUGGAUUUGGGUUCUGACUAUGCCAAUGUCUCCUCUCAGAUCACACCCUUAUCUUCGAGGGUUUUAGAAUCGGGCCUUGAUACACCCAAUUCGUCUUCCCUUUGUUAUGACCCGCUGACAAACUAUCUGUCUCCGAGGCCACAAUUCCUUCGGUACAAACCAAACAGGCGCCUUGAAAUGUUUGUACGCAGAGAGAACAAAUCAAAGAAAGGGGAAGAAGGCUUGGGAAUUGAAGGAAGCUGUUGCAUCGAAUCCAAGAAAUCGUUGGAAGAGGAAAUAUCCUUCAUUGCUUACACUUCUUCACAAGAUGAACCCGAGAAGCAAGAAGAUGGAUCCAGUCCAUCAGGGGGGUUGGAUUCAGGAUCUUCUGAUGGCCAAGAAAUUGAAGAAAGUGAGGAAGAUGAGGAGGAUAUUGACGAGGAAGAGGAAGAAGAGAGGCAUUGGAAUUCUAGUCUGGCAUUGAGAUCUUUGUUUCUAAUAGGCAUUUUGUUUUUCAGUACCGUUUAUAUGUUGUCUGCAAAUUCUCCUUCCAUUACACCUCCUUUACAGGCUUUGGGACGUUUUGGAGAAGGCUAUUUGAAGAUUCAAGAACCUCUAAACCAAACCAUGGAAAAUCUGAAAAUGGGCUUUGAAAAAAUUCCCGAGAUUUCAAAGCAAUGCAGGGCUUUCGUCAAUAAUUUGUUUUUGCGCUCUACACCUCAACUCGUUGCUUUGCAAGAAAGCAGGCUCUGUUUAGUUCCUUCUGUUUUGAAUUAUGGGGAUGAAGAUAACAAUGGAGAUUUGCUGUUUCUAGAUGAUCUCGACCACCAAAGGGUGGAUUUGGAAGGGGAAGACUUACAUGAUGCUGUGGCAUUAGUAUUGCCAGAGGUAGAGAAGAAUAGUGAAGUUGAUGUUUUAUCUGGUAACUUCCGAGAGCUGGAGCAAGCGAAAGGCCAAAACAUAGAGAGAGAAGAUGAUGUUUUCUCAAGGAAUCACUUAGAACAGGAAGAAGUAAAUGGUGGAGAUUUAAUGGACAUGUCUGAGACUUUAAUUGAUGAAACGAUUGGAAAAGGAGGGGCAGUCCAACAUGAAAUGGUAAAAUCGGCAGAAGUUACUAAUCAGAUGAGUGAAAUUUCAGAGCUACAGGGUAGGGGAACCUCAAAUAUCUCUGCUGAACCUUCACAAAUUCCUUGGAUCCAAUCUGAUACGGCCUCAUUUUCGCUUCAAAAUGCAGUGUCUGAUUAUCCAAGUACUUCUGGAGUAGACUUAAAUUGGAGAGAGGAAGAAGUUUCUUGGUGGAUUGGAUCCAUGAAAGACAAGUUUGAUUCCAGAUCUGCAAUUGGAUUUUCUUUACUUUCAGUGAUUGUAGCUUCUACAAUUUUGGGUUUUCUUCAUCUCAAGCAUAGUAAAGUUUCUUCAAAGGACUCUUCACCUAAAUUUCAGAGUCCAUCUUCUGAAUCAAUUAAGGUAGAAAUGAGGAAUUUGGAAUUUUCCAAGCAAGAAGAUAUUAUUGGGGAGAAGUACAAUUCCAACGUCGAUCCUUCAUCUUUUUUCCAUUCCAAUGACAACUACAAUGACUUUUCCAGAACUCGCCCACCAGUGGUUAAAUUGCUUGGAGAAUAUGAAGUGGAAGAAAUCAGCUGCAAAUCAAAGACAAGAGGAGGUGAACAAAUCAGUGUCUGUCAAUCACAAGAGGCAAAGAAAUCGAAGCGGAAGAGCCUUUCCUUCAGUAAUCAAAGAUGUCCAUCUGUUUUGGAGUUUGCUGCCAUAGAAUCUCCUUCAUGCGGAAGCUUUGUUAGAGAAGGGGUAAACAAAAAGCUAUUCUUUGUUUCCAUCAAUAGCAUGCAUGUGUACCAAUACAAUCAUCUGUCAAUAUACAUAUACACAUCUCUCUUCAAAUCUACAUGUGAAAAUGGGUUUAAAUCCGGAUACAUGUAUAAAUCCAAACACAUGACAUCUGCACUACAUGGGUACACAUUUAUGACUGCAUCCAUGCAUACAUAUUUACACAUAUGCACAGAUAUAUAUUCAUAUUGGGUGCAAACUAUUCCAAAGACAUUAUGAUUUCAACACUAAAUAUAAUUCAUAACCAUACAUAUUUACAAGUGCAUUAAGCAAGCAUACAUAAAUACAUGCCUCAUACUACAAAUUAGGCUGAUAUACUUUUCUUCUUCCUUCACUUUUGGAUGUAGGUAUAGUCAUAGCUAUGCUGAUCAUCAUAUUUCUAAGGAUAUUUUUGAACUUUUAUUUUUCUCUUUUGAUGACUGAUUUUUCCUAGUAAAGUGAAAACCCACAAGAAAUUCAGUUCAUUGAAAAACUGGUCAUUUUAUCAGUGCUGAAGAUUAAGCUGCUCAUCACCUUUGGGGAAAAUGUUUUUAGAAAAUGAUACACUGUUUUUGUUUCUUAAUAAUAUAAUUAUAAUGUUUAAUCAUUUCCUUUAAUUUUGGUCAAGCAAAUUGAUGGAUAAAACCUCUAAAAGGUCCAAAAAUAUAACUCAUUUCUGCUUGUUCGCAUGAAACAGGAAUCUGGUGGAGGAGAAGGGAUGAAAGAGGUCAUGACUGCUGUUAGGCGCUCAAGCCGAAUCCGAAAGCGGGUCAUGUCACCAUGAAUUGCGCUGGACUGAAAUCUGACCUGCUGAUCAUUUUCAUGUCAUGAAUGAUUGGAUACAGCUUCUUGUUGUUACUUAUUAUAAUCCAUUUUGAUUUUCUUCUUUUUUCUUUCUUUUUGAUCUUGUUUCUAAGGUAGAACUGGCUGAGUGCCUUCAUUUGUAUGAACUAUUCUGGUUUCUGAUACCAAGGGCUUUUCUUUUUUUU